GAAAGCGGAAUAAACAGAAGCAGCUGUCUGGAUGUUGGUCAUGUGAUGCGGCGUUUUUCACUGCCUCUGCAAAAAUUGAGGAAGAGGCGAUUUAACAGCGCUUUUAUUUUCACUGUCACUAAAAAGAAGAUCGUUUUAAAAACAGUCUAGUAUAAAAGGAGGGGUUUCUUCAUCUGGAAAAACAGGAACAAUGAAUGCAGCGCUGCUGGAACAGUAUCGAGAGAGAAUCCGGACUGAACUGGACAGAGUCGUGGAUUUCUGGCUGAAAUAUUCCCAUGACAAAGAACACGGUGGUUUCUUUAACUGCCUUGGAAAAGAUGGGAAGGUCUAUGAUGAGCUGAAAUAUGUGUGGUUACAAGGAAGACAGGUCUGGAUGUACAGCAGGCUGUAUCGUACAGUGGAAAGAUUUCACAGACCUGAGAUUCUUGACGCUGCUAAAUCAGGUGCUGCAUUUCUGCAAAAGUUUGCUCGAGUUCAGGCCUCCAGUGGCGCAGGGAAAUGUGCCUUCUGUCUGACGAGAGAUGGACGAGCAGUAAAGGUUCAAAGGACGAUAUUCAGCGAGUGUUUUUAUGUGAUGGCCAUGGAUGAGCUGUCCAGGAUUACAAAAGACAAAGAGAUGCAGGCAGAUGCUGAGAGCAUGAUGGAUCGCUUGAUAUUCUGGGUACAAACUGAUUCAUCAGAUCUCAGUCGUCCUCAACUUCCUGGUGAUCCGCCAGUCAACAGCAUGGCAGUUCCCAUGAUGCUCCUGUGCCUGGUAGAUCAGCUGACAGAGGGUAGAACUGAUGUUGCAGAAAAGUACAAAGACCUGAGCGGAUGGUGUGUGGAGCGGAUACUACAGCAUAUACAGAGAGAUGGAAAAGCCAUUUUGGAAAAUGUCACAUUGACUGGAAAGGAGCUUCCUGGCUGUCAAGGGCGUUUGCAGAACCCUGGUCACGCUCUGGAGGCUGGCUGGUUCCUGCUGCAGUACGCGCUGAAAAAAGAAGACGUGCAGCUGCAGAAGACAGCAGUGGAUAAGUUCAUGGAGAUCCCGUUCCACACCGGAUGGGACAAACAACAUGGUGGCCUUUUCUACUUCCUGGAUGUAGAUGGUCAUUGUCCGACUCAGUUAGAGUGGAACAUGAAGCUGUGGUGGCCUCACUGUGAAGCUCUGAUCGCCUACCUGAUGGCCUACAGUCACAGCAGAGCGCCUCUGCUACUGGACCGCUUCAAGCUGAUCUAUGACUACACCUUCAGCCAUUUUUCUGAUGAGGAGCAUGGCGAGUGGUUUGGAUAUCUGAGUCGUCAGGGAGAGGUUGUGCUGGAUUUCAAAGGAGGACCCUUCAAAGGGUUCUUCCAUGUUCCUCGGUGUCUCUACAUGUGUGAGAAGCUUCUGGACGGUCUUCUUGAAAGGCAGAAUUCUUGAACUUGCAGACAUUUUGCAUUCCAUGACCAAGAUGUGACAAAGUGUAAGAUGUUCCUGUAACUGAUCAGUUUGCAUAAAAUGCAAUCGUUAUACAUUUAUAAUCAUUUUUCACUUUUAAUUGGGCCCUAAUUUCAGUAAUACUGUCACAUUUAUAUUACAGUUUUUUUUUUUAAAGCCAUUUGUCUAACGUUAAAAAUGAAAAGGGGACUACAUAGAUUUUUUGUUUAGAUUUAAAUAUUUCUAGCCUUGACCAGUAGUUCACUAGCUGAUUUGUCUUGAUAUAAAAAGGUAUUUCUCAGCUAUGUGAGUUUAUAAACCAUUCCUCUGAUGAUCACUGUGCUGCUCUUAUGAGCCUCUUCUGAUCCAUUAUUAAUUUUUUUUUUAAAUAAUUCUGCAUACAUGUAAAGACUUUCCAAAUGUGCUGAAUAAAUUGCUUGCUUUACUAUG